GUGUUCGCGAGAACUGCAUCAUCCGGGCUGCUGUACACUGGUUGAGAAUGCCAUGAUGUCAGCGUGUGUCUCACCAGCAUUACCUGCCCUAGUGAGGAGGGGACAGGUCAGGCUCUCCUCCCUGCAUGAUAUUUCAGGGUGGUAACUUCCUGCUUUUGAGUUCAGUGAAGAAGGGAACGUGAGCAAGCAAAGUAGGUGUACCUCCCUCCCCCUUGCCACAAAGUCUGGACUGACGGAUUACAAGAAAAAAAAAAAAAAAUCUGGCUGAAGCCUUUUUAUUUACAUGAGUGGGAUUCUGCUUUGAAAAGCCAUGCUAGAGGACAUAGCAGCAAAACGUCAUGAUCAUCCUGACUGUAUGAACCCCCUGCUUUCACAUGAGCCUGCAGCGGGUCACACAGACUCAAAGACCAGCAGUGGUAACAGCAAGCCCAAUAUGCUGAGAGGUCGCCCUUCGAUACCAACUUCAACAGAUGAGCAGCCACAUAUUGGGAACUAUCGUCUCCUUAAAACUAUUGGCAAGGGCAACUUUGCAAAAGUUAAGCUAGCACGCCAUGUUUUAACUGGAAAAGAGGUAGCUGUCAAAAUUAUAGACAAAACACAACUGAAUUCUUCCAGUUUACAGAAGCUCUUCAGAGAAGUGCGAAUUAUGAAGGUUCUGAAUCACCCUAACAUAGUAAAAUUAUUUGAAGUUAUAGAAACCGAGAAGACGCUGUACCUAAUAAUGGAAUAUGCCAGUGGAGGUGAGGUUUUUGAUUAUUUGGUUGCUCAUGGAAGAAUGAAAGAAAAGGAGGCACGUGCAAAGUUUAGGCAGAUUGUUUCUGCUGUUCAGUAUUGUCACCAAAAGUUUAUCGUACACAGAGACUUAAAGGCGGAAAACCUGCUUCUGGACUCCGAUAUGAAUAUAAAAAUUGCUGAUUUUGGCUUCAGCAACGAAUUUACUUUUGGAAACAAGCUGGAUACAUUCUGUGGAAGUCCGCCAUAUGCAGCCCCUGAACUUUUUCAGGGAAAGAAGUAUGAUGGGCCUGAGGUGGAUGUGUGGAGUCUUGGGGUUAUCCUUUAUACAUUGGUCAGCGGUUCUCUGCCUUUUGAUGGCCAAAAUUUAAAGGAGCUGCGCGAGCGUGUAUUGCGUGGUAAAUAUCGCAUUCCUUUCUAUAUGUCCACGGACUGUGAAAAUCUGCUGAAAAAAUUCCUCAUUUUAAACCCAAGCAAGAGGGGUACACUGGAGCAAAUCAUGAGGGAUCGUUGGAUGAAUGUGGGACAUGAAGACGAUGAGUUAAAACCUUACGUGGAACCAGUUCCAGACUACAAGGAUCCAAAAAGGACAGAUUUGAUGGUGACUAUGGGUUAUUCCAAUGAGGAAAUCCAGGACUCGCUUGUAAAUCAGAAGUAUAAUGAAGUCAUGGCCACCUACCUUCUGCUUGGAUAUAGGACAUCUGAGAUGGACAAUGAAAACAUGACUCUGAAGCCUAGACAACCUCCAGAUAUCACCAAUAGUACAGCUCCUUCACCUGCUCACAAAGUACACCGCAGUGUAUCUGCCAAUACCAAACAAAGAAGACUAAGUGACCAGGCUGGACCAGCUAUCCCCACAUCAAAUUCUUACUCCAAAAAAACCCAAAGUAACAAUGCUGAAAACAAGCGACCUGAUGAGGAGCGAGAGAGUGGUCGAAAAUCCAGUAGCACAGUUAGGGUACCACCUAGUCCUUUAUCUGGGCUUGAGCGGAAGAGAACCACUCCAACUCCUUCUACAAACAGUGUGCUAUCCACUGGCACCAACCGUAGUCGUAACUCUCCUAUGCUAGACAGAGCAAAUGCUGGUUCUGUUCAGAAUGGCAAGGAUAGUUUCUCCACGCCUGGUUCCCGUGCCUCCACCGCUUCUGCCCCAGCCACCUCAGCCCGGACCCGCCAGCACCAGAAAUCCAUGUCCACAUCUGUGCAUCCCUCCAAACCCACACCCUCCUUGGAAGGCAGCAGUGACCCGUACAGACAAAGCACGGCCGCCCAAAGAGUCCCUGUUGCAUCUCCAUCAGCUCACAAUAUCAGUAGUGCUGCCCCAGAGAGGACCAACUUCCCUCGUGGAGUAUCAAGUAGAAGCACUUUUCAUGCUGGUCAACUUCGCCAGGCCCGGGACCAGCAAAAUACGCAGUUUGGAGGUGUAACACCUGCUUCUCCUUCUGGCAACAGCCAGGGCAGGCGCGGAGCCACCGGGAGCAUAUUCAGCAAAUUCACAUCCAAAUUUGUACGAAGAAAUCUGUCUUUCAGAUUUCCCAGAAGGAACCCAAAUGAACCAGAAGGGAAAGAUCGAGUGGAGAGCACCAGGCCUAACCUGACGGUGGCAGAAAAGGAGAAAGAGGACCUGAGGGAUUCCAAGCCUCGCUCAUUGCGCUUCACGUGGAGUAUGAAAACUACCAGCUCAAUGGAACCCAAUGAGAUGAUGAGUGAAAUACGCAAAGUGCUGGAUGCCAACAGUUGCCAACAUGAACUACAAGAGAAGUACAUGAUGCUUUGUAUCCAUGGUUCACCAGGGCAUGACAACUAUGUACAGUGGGAAAUGGAGGUGUGCAAGCUUCCACGUCUUUCCCUAAAUGGUGUGCGCUUCAAGAGAAUCUCUGGCACCUCUAUGGCAUUUAAGAACAUUGCCUCCAAAAUUGCCAAUGAACUCAAACUUUAACUAGGCUCCAGCUUUCAGACUGAAACUGCAAAAUGAGACACUUACAGCCCUCCUGCCAUAGCAGGCCAGCACUCUUAGCCAAGUGGAUGCAGGAAGUUCCAUUUGUUUCUCCUUGCUGGCCGUCCUGGACGGACAUGCCAAACCAGGCUUUGUGGUUGGGAGUUGGCAGGGUACCCUGGGAAUGACUACUGCUCCUUUCAGUGUAGGUUUUGAGGGUAUUUUAUUUGAAAUAGGUUUAUAAUUUUUUUUAUUUUAAAGAUUGGGGACGGGGCUCAGAUUAUCUAAUAGACUGGUAAGAGGAAGGGUUGUAGAAUGAGAUUGUAGACUGGUUGCCCUUCCUAUUAAUGUGUGUCAGCUCUAUGAUGCAGUUUUUCUGGUACAGUUUAUAAAGCUGAAAAUGAGAGCUUGAAGGGGUUUCCCCCUUUUUGUCUACAGAUGAGUUCACAUUGUACAGAAGGAAUAUAAAAAUAAUGUACAAUGUCUUUGUACAUAAGAGGUUUAAAAAUCGUCAUGACACUGAACUAAUAGCUCAGGGUGCCCUUAAUACACAGGUACAGGUAAAGACAUGCCCACCGUGGAGAAAUAUUGUGCAGGUAACUAGACUUGUAUGAUGGAAACCUGGUGGGCUGCCACUGCUUUUAUAAAUAUACUUGCUAGGUUUUUUUUUCAUUAUUUAUUUUCCUUGAAAGUUGCCAAGAAUCAGUUGCAACAGUUGUUCAGUUGGUGAUGGAUACAUCCUCAGUGGUACAAAGAUGUGAACUGUUCAAUUCUCUAAGCACACUUUGAGUUCCCUUGUUUUCUUUAGAUUAAUCCAGAACCUCCUCUUGUUUCCCUGUACAUAUUAACAAAUAGUAAAUUGUUGAUGUGACUUGCACAUAUUCCUCAUGAGGAGUGUCCCAGGAGCCCACUAUGAUUUCCAUAUACAAGUUCUGUGUUAACACUUUUUCUCCUUAUUGAAGAGCAUGACUACACACCACCAUAAUUAUGUCACUGUAUACAGAAUGCACCCCCUUUAUUCUAGACACUUCUAUGAAGAGCAGAAAUACUACACAUGGAUUGCCACACUCUUCAUGUAUAUAUCUACAUGUUUGCAGGUUUACAUCCAGAAAAUGUUCAAUUAAAUUAUAGGACUAUUGAAAGUGAAAGAGUGGAGGCAACUUUGUUGAGGAAAUGCUUGUGGAAUGUACAGUGAAUACAGCAUAUCAGACUUUAUCUACCCCUCAGUUGCGGUUGUGGGCUGUAUCUGCUGUAAAUAUCAAUCCAAAAAACGUGUAUGACUCCCACUUGCGGUUGAGGGGUGAAGCAAGUUUCCGACAGAUGAUCGCUUGCAAGCGUUAUGGUUUAUUUGAUUUUAUUAUUUUCCUUUUGUGUGAAUGAUUUCAUUGCUGUUUGG